AUGCGCGUCCGCAUGUGCUUCGACGAUCUCGCCUGGGAACAGAGUGAAAAUGUAUCGGACGCCUGGAUCUCGAGCCUCUUCAAGGAAGAAACCUUGAUGGCAAUCGGCAGAUUUAUUUUAAGGCAUCGGAAAGGCACUCCGGUUGAGUUAUGUGACCCUAAAGCAGGGGCGUUCAAUGCGUCAUUUCGGAUGACAUUCGAGGAUGGCGGAUCUGCCCUGAUUCGCUUCCCCAAGCCGGGUGCUACGAUGUUUCCAGAGGAGAAAAGCCUUGGCCCGUUUAUCAUCAUGGAGUACAUUGACCAUGCGAUGAGCAUGAGCGAGGCACUAAACACGCCGGGCUUUGCUGUCGAGGACCGUCCUAUUCUCAAUCCGCGCAUUGAUGAAGAGAAGCUCAAGAUGCUCUACGGACAGGCUGCAGACAUUUUGCUUCAGCUAUCAACUCUCUCACUCCCAAAAAUAGGAUCUCUAAGCCAGAUUGAUGACUUUACGUGGGAAGUAACACGAAGGCCUCUAUCUAUCAACAUGAACGAACUUGUUCGUGUAGGAAGCCUACCUCGCUCAAAGCUGCCAAAGCCGGCUGCUACCUUUGGAACAGCAUCUGCUUACUUUAGUGCGCUGGCAGAUCUUCAUCUUGACCAUUUAAUACACCAGCGUAACGAUGCUGUUGAUUCCGAGACAGAUUGCCGCCGAAAAUAUACUGCCAGGACGCUCUUCUCCCAGCUCAUCGCAGAAGGUCGAUUGACAACCACACCUACAAACAAUGGCCCAUUCAAGUUAUGGUGCGACGACCUCCGACCAUCCAACAUUUUGGUCAAUGAAAAUAUGCAAAUCCUGGGAGUUGUGGACUGGGAGUUUACCUAUGCCGCACCAGUCGAAUUCUCCCAUGCCCCACCAUGCCGGAAUAUUGGCCGGAGGGCACUGCGCGAGCAAGAAGACGUAGCCCUUGGGCGAGGCACCUUGAAACACAACCAGCGGCUUUCCGUCCCAAUGAAGCAAAGUUGGGAAAACGGUGGCUUUUGGGCUGUAUACGCAGCAAGAAAGAACUUUGCGUUCGAUACCGUGUUUUGGAAGAAACUCGACGAGAGGUACCUUGGACCGCGAAUGAGCAACGACGAAGAUGUUUGGCGGGAGAGGAUCGAGCUACUCAGCAAAGAGGAUCGAGAAACAAUGGAUCAGGUUGUCCAGCGAAAACUCGAUGAGAUGAAGGACAGGAUUCUCGCCUGGGAGGCAGACGAGGUGGUUGAGCCGGAUGCCAGCGGGCACUAUGGUCGAGACGGUAGCCUCAUUCCAGCCAUUGAGAAAAUGUUCUGGUUCUUAGCCUUAUCAGGGAGGACGUUCAAUGGACUUCUUGAUCUAUCGUCUGAUGAAAACUUCUACAAGGUAGAGCUUCCCAAAGUUGAUGAAAUGAAUCCCAGAUCUGUUUCGUCCUCGCUCCACCAGGUUGAACAACAUGACAUUGUCGUGAGAUAUGGUGGUGGUAUGCUAUCAAACCGAGAACCUUUAACCAGCCUCGGAGCCAGAGUCAAGCUGGCAGUGCUGACUUGA